AUGAGGUUUACGAAGGGAUCGUCGGUUGUGCCGGCGCUGCUGGUGGCCGGUGCGGCUGCUGCUGCUGCUGCCAAUGUUGCUGCUGCUCAAGGUGGGCGGAACGCGAUUGUGGAGGAUUCGCUGGAUGGUAAGAGGGGUUUGGGGAAGCGCUCUAUCGGCGAGGAAGGGAAUUACAAUAUCUCUUUCUACCACAUCAACGACGUCCACGCGCGCUUAGACGAGUUCCGCGCUUCAGGGACGGACUGUACGAACAAGACGUUGGGGUGCUUCGGUGGGUAUGCGAGGAUCAAGACUGUGGUUGAGGAGGCGAGGUUGGGGUACAAGGAUAGCUUGUUCUUGAAUGCUGGGGAUGAGUUCCAGGGAACACUGUUCUACUCAUACUACGGUGGUGAGAAGAUCGCCGAAACCUUGAACCAGCUGGGCUUCGAUGGAAUGACACUCGGGAAUCACGAAUUCGACGGCGGCGAUGACGCCCUCGGCGAAUUCCUCGCCAAUCUUACCUUUCCCAUCAUAUCCGCAAACAUUCAGUCCAACCACUCAGUCUUGAACGCGACCAUCAAGCCGUUCCAUAUCUACCCGGAGUAUGAGCUGGCGGUAAUCGGGGUCACGACCGAGACUACGCCCGAUAUUGCAAACUCCGGGCCAGGGACGACCUUCACCGAUGUAACAGAGGCGGUGCAGAGUACCAUCGACUUCAUCAGGUCGACCACGAAUAUCACGAGGAUUGCAGCGCUGACGCAUAUUGGGUUCGAGGAGGACCUGAGGCUGGCUGAAGCUACCACUGGCUUGUAUCUCAUCAUGGGAGGCCAUUCUCACACGCCAUUGGGGAACUUUACAGGAGCCGUCGGAGAGUAUCCUACGAUCAGAUUGAACCAGGAUGGAGAAGAGGUCUUCGUUGUUACCGCCUACAGUCAGUAUCUCUUUCGAGCUAUUCAAGCAGAGACAGGAACUAACGUGCUUACUCCAGGAUGGGGCGAAUACCUCGGAUACAUUGACGUAACUUACGACGCCUCCGGAAAGAUCGUCUCAUACCGCGGCGCCCCCAUCCAUAUCACCAACACCACUGAGCAAGAUCCCGAUCUCCAAGCCCAGAUCAACGAGUGGCGGGUUCCUUUCGAGGCGUUCGCUGGAAGCGAAAUCGGCAUAACCAACGUCGAACUCGACAGCAACUGCCGCAACCAGGAAUGUCUCCUCGGCCAGUUCAUGUCCGACGCGAUGCUGCAGUACCGUCUCAACCAAUCGAACACCGCAGAUUUUGCCGUGAUAAACUCUGGCGGCAUCCGCGCCUCCAUCGACGUUGGAACCAUCACGCGCGGGGAGGUGCUGAUCAGCUUCCCUUUCGGCAACUCCGUCGUGGAGCUAGAGAUGACUGGCGACGAGCUGUGGACGACGCUGGAAGGUGUGUUCACUGGCGUCAACCAGUAUACCCAGAAGCCCGUGACGAGCUUCAUCCAAGUCUCGGAUGGCAUUGAGAUCUUGUACAACUCCCAAGCCCCGAACGGGAGCAGAUUGGUCAGUGUGAGGAUCGGCGAUGCAGAUCUGGUGAGGACGGAUGCGUAUAACGUCGUCACGAUUGAUUUUCUCGCUGGUGGCGGCGACAACAUCUUCCAGACGCAAUCCGACAUCACAGUCCUCGAUACUCAGGACGAAGUCCUAGACAACUACAUCGAGGCUCAAUCGCCGAUCUCCAUCACGCUCACCCCGCGGAUCGGCAACGCCAACGCCAACGCCAAUGCCGACGCCGACGACGCUGAGACGGGUGGGGCGUCUAGAGCGGCUGUCGUAGGUCGUGCGUCUUUUUGUGCACUUGCGCUGGCGGCGAUUGAGUGCUGCUGGGCUGUUCUGCUCGGUACUACAACAAGCGUAGGAAAACCAUCGAAAUAA